AUGUCGUCCAGUGGUCGCUCUCAUGGUAGAGGUAGGGGCAGUGGGAAACACAACCUAGACGAGGUGUUGAAACGGCUACAUGCACUGGAGCAGCAUGUGUUUAUGAACCGACAACCUACAGAGGUUUUUGUUGAAGUAGUGAAUACUGAACAAUUUUGGAACGACAUUACUUUUGAUGAUCCGAUAGUGUCACAAAGAAAAUAUGAUGAACAGGUGCCGGACGAAGACGAAAUAAUAAUUACGGGAAUUGUAGAUUAUUUUGAUGAGUAUGAUGGCAAAGAAGUUACACCCGAUAAACCGAGGACUCGAAAACCAUCACAAUAUUUGUGUCCUCCUUACACCGAGUUGCACACGACACCGAAGCAAAAAAGAAGAACAAAAAAGAAGGUUGAUAUCAAAUCAACAAGCCCCGUUCCUCCUCCAGUUUUUGGUGUUGCUCAUGACUUCUCCAUGUUGCGCCUGCAACCUUACAUAACAAGCGGUGAGGUUGUCAUCCAAAAUUAUUUAUUUCAUUCAUAUGAUGUCCAGCAUCGUUUGUUUAAUUUCGUGUUAGAUAGAGAUUUUUGGAGCUCAUUGUUUGGGCAUACACACGACGGAUGGUUGGAGUCAGCGCAUAUAACCAUUUGGUACCGACUAUUGAUGGAGAGACGGUUUGAGGGCGACCGACAUACAAUAAUGCCUCCAAUUUUUUUUGUUUCUCAUGCUUUGGAAGAAGGGCAGGACUGGAGGGCGUUUAUGGCUGGUAUUGCUACGUACCCCAACUUCAUGGUUGCUUGGUGGGAUGUUGAUACGGUAAACUUAACUGUUUAUAUUGAAAAUAAUAUCGUUAUUUUUGUUAUGUUUUUGUAUUGUGAUGUAAAGAAACAUAAUUUUAUUUUCUGAUCCUUAUACAGGUCUUAUUGCUG